AUGAGUACAGUGGGACGAAAAGUGCUCUACCUUGCGUGUGACUAACUAUGCGUACAUGCAUGUACCUGCAGAGGGGAACGGUAGCCCUCUAUUCCUUGCUCUGUGCUGUAAACAUGCGCACACUUUUCCUAUCAUUACACGCAGCUUUAUGAUCUCGUUAACCUGUCGCUCGGCCGGGUGAAAGGUCUGUACUUCUUCGAUUUCGCUCACUAGUGUCGCAUACCGACCAUGGCGUCGACGAGACUGAGAAGCCUGUCCCACCAUCCAGACGACUACGCCAAGUCUUUCAGUGCCUACAUGGCCGUCUCUGAUAAAUUCGACAGUUAUGCGACCUGGGGAGAUAACGUGUUCGGGAAGGCAGUCACCUCCAAAAUCACGGUCAUGCUGGGUGAGCAAGAAGAGUUACGAAUCCUGGGCAUUGGAAGCGGAUCGGGUGAGUUGGACGUGAAGAUGCUCACCAAACUACUGCUUCGCUUUCCACUCAUCAACAACCGUGUAGUUGAGCCCGCAGGGUUCAUGAUUGCCAAAUACAAGGCUCUGGUGGAAAGCAAGGCUCACGAGCUACAAGGUGUUCGAUGUGACUGGCGACAGCAGACGAUGCAACAGUACGCCAAGGAGGCGGGAGAUUCGACCAAGUUCCAUUUCAUCCACGCGUGCCAGUCUUGUACUACGUGGAAGAUUUGGAAAGCUCGCUGAUGUUCCUGUUCGACUGUUUGGAUCCUGGCGGAGUCCUCCUAAUGACCACCCUGACAGAUAGUUGUGGCGUGUUGCGGUUGUGGAAUCACUUUCCACGUUUCCAGGACAACCUGCUCAAAUUGAUCAGCACGACCCACCUGCUCGAAUACCUGGACGGUCGAGGCAUCGCGUACACGGAGCACUGCCAGCCGUCGCGAGUCGACGUCACCGAGUGCUUCGACGAAACGUCGGAGAAGGGCGGCCGUGUGCUGGACGCUCUCCUUCACAUCCUGAGGUUCAGAGAGACGGCCUCGUUUGAGCUGCAGGCGGAGGUCAUGAAUUGUCUGGCCAGUUGCUCCGAGAAGAGCGGGAGCCGGGUCUUCUUAACCAAUGACUGGGAUGCAGUCGUUGCGAGCAAGCCAGCCGAGUAGCCUUGUAUAAUGUAAUGGCAUUGUCACGUUCCGUUCAUCCCCAAUUUCAUUAGAUACAUUUGGAAACAAUAACCCAAAGAAUGCCAAACAAGGCUUAUUAUUUUCUCGAAGGGAAUAAAAUCAAAUAGAGAGAAUUUAUGGGAACCUUAAAAUAAUUAUUUACAUGGUGGUGCGAGUUGUGUGUUACAAUGUUGAUGAUGUUUCUGUUUACAUGCAUUUGCAUUAUUUCAAAAUUCAUUUUAAUUUUCUGAUUUUGGAAACUCGAAGCUCCCCUUAUAAGCUGCAUACGGACUGACAGUUACCAACAGUAUUUGUGUGGAUGUAUAUAGACCCACCCAACUUCAAAAAGACCCGUCCACAAUGUUCCAGUCAGGGGCGAUUGAAAGCGCCUUGCGUAUACGUUCGGGUGCGUUUACACGGGGUGUGUUUCACUUUCACGGACACAAAAAAUUGCCUCCAUUAAAGCCUGGUUGCCAUACGGUCGUUUGUUACUUAGACGGUCUGUAAGAGGUCCAACGCAGACGUCAAAUGGAACAAAAUGGCGUCUGAAACUCGGAAAAUGUCCCUUCAAAAUGCUUUCGUUAGGUGGAAAUGUCACCUCUUGAAGCCAAACUGAUUCUCAAGUUUGAUGUAAUUUGUGAAUGGUCAGCUAUUUUGUUUACGAUUGGGGCUGCACACAAUGAGUGGUACAAAGCGAGAGAAACAUCGUUGUACGCCCGUCAUGCCAGUGUGCGUGUUCGUAUAGGCCUACUCAGCGACUUGACGCAGACAGUCGGGCUCAACUUUGCCGAUCCGUCUGGGCCCAUUUGCGUUAUCGGCGAUACCUCUGUUUGGCAUGUUUCCAUUUAUCUGCGUUGCAGUUUGCGUCUUGAUUGCGCUGCGCUCUGCGUUUCCUCACGUCGAUAUGGAACCCAGGCUUUAUAUAACACACGUGUGCGUUGCGUUCGGCCGUCAAAAUCGCCCCAGGAGCGAUUUGACAGAUACGCAACGCUUGGCGCAAGUGUUGACGCGCAUUAUGAAAAAGCGCCUUAAGAGUGCGUAGGCCUACACAAUGGGCGCUUUCGAUUAGCUUACACGUGCAAGUUAAACUUACACGAGAGCAU